UCUUAAAUUUGAAACAUGGAGAGAGAUUGAGCUAUGCAGUUUAUGUUCUCCAAGAAUUAGAGAAAGAUAAUGCUGAUAAACCUGCACUCAAAAUAAACAUAUUGUAUGAUGUUGCAUGCAUGUUGGUGAAACACUUACAGAAUUUGGAGGAUCCAAUUAUUGACAUUUUUCAAUUUUCAAUUCCAAUUUUUCACUGCUAUGGCCAUGUUGGACGAUGCCAAGUUAAAUUUAGUCCCCGUCGUAAAGAAGGAUUUGGCCUAACUGACGGUGAGAUGUUGGAGAGAUUGUGGGCUUACAUUCGCAAAUUUAGCAGAAUGACUAAAGAAAUGCGUCCAAGUCACAGAGUUGAUGUACUCAGUGAUGCUCUUUUACAUUAUGGAAAGAAAACGAAGAUUAAUUUAGGCAAUUUGCUGAUGGCAAGGAUGAAGCGAGCUGUUGACGUGGAAGAAACUGCAAAAUCAGAUAUUGAAAAGUUAUGCAGGUGCUUUCCGUCUCACAGGAUUUCAAUAGAUAAUAUUCGUGAGUGGAUGAAGGACGAAUCGACUUUUUUUGGUCGUGAAGUUGAGACUGAAGAAGAAGAUUGGAAAUGCAAGUACGUUAUAUACCUGGACUUGUACGCUGAUCUUUACCAUCGAUGGAAUGGUUGCACUGAUCCAAGUGAACUGACUGUUCGAUUUAAUCAGAUGAAAAAAAUUGACGAGCAGUUGAAGAUCAUGGAAAGGGAAAACUCAAUUUCUGCACGCUGGCAAAAUACUGACUCAGAAUGGUCAAGCGUUGGCAUCCAGACUUUCGAAGCAAAUUACUCGAGUAACAAAGGAUGUCAAUAAAGAUAUCGCAGCUUAUAA